CCGGGGGGGGAGAGAGGGCCAUGAGAGCCGCUGCUGCCGGGCGGGCAGAGGAGCGCCGACCCCGCACCAUGGAGCUCUACCUCGACCUGCACUCGCAGCCGUGCCGCUCCGUGUUCCUGUUCGCCAGAGCGGCCGCGAUCCCCUUCGAGUUCAAGCUGGUGGAUCUCUCCAAAGGGCAACAGUACAGCGAGGAGUUUGGAAAAAUCAGCACCUCGAGGAAAGUUCCUGUGAUGAAGGAUGGAAGCUUUGUUCUGACAGAGAGCACGGCCAUCUUGGAGUACCUGGUGCAGAAGCACGCGGUGGAGGAUCAUUGGCUGCCGGCUGAUCUGCAGCAGCGAGCUCGCGUUAAUGAAUAUUUGUCCUGGCAGCACAUGAACCUCCGAGCUCACGGGUCAAAGGUCUUCCUGCUCAAGGCGCUGUUCCCCGUCAUCAUGGGCUCCGAGGUCCCGAAGGAGAAGAUGGCCGCCGCCCUGGAGGACCUGAACCAGUCGCUCCGGACGCUGGAGGAGAAGUUCCUGCAGAGCAAAGCGUUCAUCGUCGGAGAGAAGAUCUCUCUGGCGGACCUGGUGGCCAUCGUGGAGAUCAUGCAGCCCGUCGGCGUCGGCGUGGACGCGUUCGAGGGCCGACCGGCGCUGCUCGCCUGGAGCGACCGCGUGAAGACGGCGAUCGGGGAGAAGCUGUUCGCCGAAGGUCACGAGGUCAUCAUGAAGGCCAGCGGCCUGACGCAGGAGUUGCAGAACAACAGCGAGCUGGAGAUGCUCAAGCCAAAGUUUCGGAAGCUCUUCAGCUGAGGACGAAAUAUCGUUUUUAAUUUCACCGCGUGGUGCUUCUUUGUUUGUUUUCCAUCAGCAGGUUGUGUAAACAUCUUUUAAUGUUGUGUAAACAUCUUUUAAUGUUGUGUAAACAUCUUUUAAUGCGAUCAUCUGAUUCAGAUGAAGAAUAAAGGAAUCGAACGUAAUUUGAUUCAUCAGCAAAACAAUAACAAUUUUGUUUUCAUGCAAAAUUCUGAGAGAAAUAUACAAAAUGGAAACUUCAGCUAGAAAUAUUCACCAGGAGAAAUGUGUGUUAUUGUGCAUCCGUGUGUCUUCAUGGUCCCCACAAAUAUUAAAGAGUCAAAAGUAUGAAUC